AUGAGCGAACUUUCAGAUAUUGACGAAAUAGAUGCUGCUCUUUUUGAGCCUAGUUUAGAUAUAAAUAUAAAAGAAGUUCAUUACUCAACUGUGCCAAUUGAAUAUCCUAAAACAUCUGAACUGGGUGUAGCAACAGCAUAUAAUAUCAUAGGUUGGAAAAAUCCAAAAGACUGCUGGAAAAAUGUGCGAAGUUUAUUUAAAUUUUAUCCAGAUCCUACAACUUAUGAUAUUUCUUUAUUAAAGGAAUUACUUAGUGGUAACGCUAUAGUAAAUGAGCAAGAAUCAUUAAAAUAUUGCACAACAAUUGCUUCCUGA